UCCUUGAACGGUAAAAACUCCGCUGUUAGUGCAGAGGAGCCUCUGAACUGAGAAGAGAGUCAGUGGAGACAGAGAGGGACACUCACGUACACACAGUGGGGGGGCUGGAAGUUUUGGGACAUGUCCGUUAUUUUGCCAAACUUUACAACCACUUUAUCGCAUUUUGGAACUUUCUGAAAACUUGUCCCAGUACUAGAAGAAGAAGAAGAGAGAAGAAAGAAACGCACGACAGCUUUCUCCAAAUCCAUCACCUCUUCGGGUUAGGAUCGCUUUAAGUUCAGUUGUCACACAGCACGUUCUCUGGACAUCCCGCGGACUACAAUCGCCAUGUCCUCCGGUGAUGUCUCGGAGCAGAGUCGGCGGGUCAGCGUGCUGUCAUGGGAUCAGGUGCGGCGUUUGGACUCCAUCCUGGGAGAGAGCGUACCGAUCCACGGCCGCGGAAACUUCCCCACGCUCUCCGUGCAGCCCCGGCAGAUCGUUCAGGUGGUCAGGGCUCGACUGGAGGAGCAAGGCGUGGUGGUACGUGAUGUCAAGCUGAACGGCUCGGCUGCCAGCCAUGUGCUUCACCAAGACAAUGGCCUUGGCUACAAAGAUUUGGACCUGAUCUUCGGCCUGAGUCUGACUGGUGACAAAACCUUCCGGCUGGUGAAGGAUGUGGUGCUGGACUGCCUGGUGGACUUCUUGCCUGAAGGGGUGUGCAGGGAGCGAAUCACAGCCCUCGCCCUGAAAGAGGCAUACGUGCAGAAACUUGUGAAAGUCUGCAAUGAGACGGACCGCUGGAGCCUCAUCUCGCUGUCCAAUAACACCGGCAAGAACGUGGAACUGAAGUUUGUGGACUCCCUGAGAAGGCAGUUUGAGUUUAGUGUUGACUCCUUCCAGAUCACUCUGGACUCGUUGCUGCUCUUCGACCGCUGCUCAGAGACGGCAAUGUCCGAAACCUUCCACCCCACGGUCCAAGGGGAGAGCAUGUACGGAGACUUCGAGGAAGCCCUGGGUCACCUUCGCUCCAAGACUAUCGCCACUCGCAGCCCAGAAGAGAUCCGGGGUGGCGGGCUGCUCAAGUACUGCCACCUGCUAGUGCGUGGCUUCCGGCCGUCAUCCGAGGCUCAGAUGAAACAGAUGCAGCGCUACAUGUGCUCGCGCUUCUUCAUCGACUUCCCCGACAUAAGCGAGCAGCAGAGGAAACUGGAGGGCUAUCUGCAGAACCACUUUGCGGGCAUGGAGCACAAGCGCUACGAGUACCUGGUGACACUGAGGAGAGUGGUGGACGAAAGCACUGUGUGUCUCAUGGGCCAUGAGCGCCGGCAGACACUGGCGCUGAUUUCUGCCCUGGCGCUGCGCGUAAUGGCCGAACAGAACGCUAUCCCUGCUCUAUCUAACAUCACCUGCUACUACCAGCCCGCACCCUAUGUCCGAGAUGUCAACUUCAGCAAUUACUAUGUGGCACAAGUUCAGUCGCCCAUGACUGCGUGCAGUAACUCUUAUCAAACGUGGUUGCCUUGCAGCUGAGCAGGUGUGCAGUUAGCAUCCUGUUUUACAUCGAUGUAAGCUAAGCAUUCAUUACCAGCAAUGUCCACAGAAAGCGUCAGCGCCACAUUCUGGAACUGUUGCGGCUGCGAUGAUCUACCCAGAUCUACCCACCCCCUGAGCGUGUCUACUUGGUGUGGGACAUGCACAUCUCACACAUGGCUCUUCCUGGCUCCACUAUUUUUAGGGGCCUGGUAUAUUUUUUUCAGACUUAUCACUGACACGUUAAACUCUCUUUUGAAGCUUGUAUUUAGUAGCUGUUCUGCUCCUUUUUAAUUGUUGACUUUCUUCACACUUGUACAGCAAAAUUAGUUUCUUGUAGUUUGUAGUCAACUUAAGAGGGACAAAUAGAGAUAAAAUAAUAAGAGAAGGGAGAAGACAUUGUUCUGGCCUUCCUGCAAUCUAUAAUCACCUAUAUUGUGUUUCAAUGCAGUCAGAUUCAGGACAUCUUUGUUCUGUUUGAUAGCAGCAUUAAGAUCAUUUAUAUUUAAAAUGAGAAUAUGACAAAGCAUUGUCAUAUUCAAGUACUGUCAAAAGGUGUCUUCACUAGGUGCAAAUUUGUAUGCUGUAUAACGUAAAACAUUUCAAGAACACAAUGUACUUGAAAUGACUGCUGAAACUGAACUGCUUCCAGCAAUGAAACAUCGGUAGAGCCAAGUGUGAGCCAUGAGUUAUCUGAAACGCAGCAGGAGCUCAACCGAGCUUAACUGGAACAUGACGUUUCCGGAUCUGUGUGGACAAACGGGGUUUGAGUGUUCUUGUGCAUUUGUAGCAAUGUGCUUUUAUGUUGGUGUCCAGUGUGGACAAAAAGAAAUGAAUCUUUCUUUUGUUUGUUUUUUUGCCAAAACUUAUAUCACAACCAUUCUGUUAAGUUAUGUUAAUUAUUACUGCUGUUUAAAAGAAAAAAAAAUCUUAUUUGAGCCAUUUUUGUUUCUAACCUUUUAUUCAUUUUUAUAACCAGCGUGGACAUGCAUGGAAAGAUGUCAUGACUUGAUAUGUGACGGAGGAACUUCUGGUUCUUGUCUGAUGGAGGCUUGUAUUUGGGUCUUUAAUGAAAUAUAAAUACUUGUUAGGAUACCAGAAAACUUUUUUUUUUAUUGUUUGUUUUAUUUGUUCUGUCUGUGGUUUCAGCUGACCUAACUGGGAAGGACCAAAGAAAUACUUUCUUGUGUAGCAUGACAAACAAAGACUAAAUGUGGUUCCAAGUGCCUGAUUAUGACCAACAUCUAUAGUAGUUGUUAUGUAAGAACUGUUUUUGAAUAUUUUACAUCCAGGUUACUGUACAUUUCUAUAUCCAGGGUCCGGGAAUUUGUUUUUUAAUCAUUAAAAAAUGUCAAGAAUUGAAAA